AUGGCUACGAAUAGACGGAUUUUUGUAGGAAAUUUACCUACAGAUAUAAAUGAAGACGAUAUUCGGCAUGAAUUUUCUGCUUAUGGAAAUGUGACAAAUGUUGAAAUUAAGCAGAAAAAAGAUAAUUUGAAUGAAGGCCAAGCCAACACUUUUGCUUUUAUAAAUAUGGAUAUAGAUACGUGGAGUUUAAAUAAAUGUAUACAAGAAUUUUCAGAACAAGAGUGGAAAGGAAAAUUUCUUAAAGUCGCUUUAGCCAAAGAAAGUUUUCUUGAACAGCUUCAACGAGAAAGAUUGGAAGCGAAAUUGUUGAGUAAAAAAUUGAAUAAAAGUAUAGAAAAAAAUGAUGAAAUUAUUGAGCAACCCAUCCAGCAACUUUCAAAAACACUGCCUGUACCAGUAAAACAAAAUAAAACUACCAUAGUAAAAGAGGGACAAGAUAGUGAAAGCUCAGAAAGUUCUAGCAGUUCUUCAGAUUCAGAACCAGAACAAGGAAAAAGUGAAAAACCUAGAAAUGAUAAGAAAACUGUUGAUUCUGUUGAUGAUCCUGUUGAUGACAAUAGUUUCAUUAUUAAAUCUAAUAAGCAUAACUCAUUUUUGAACCCAGAGAAAUUAAAAAUUCCUACAUAUGGCCCGGCAAUAGUUUCACAGAACAAUGUGCCUCAUAAGAAAAAUUUAACACCACAGUCUACGCUCGCCGAACAAAAAAGAAUACAAUCCUUGCAAGAGAAAAAGGAACAGUAUAACAAGCAAAAAAUGCUUUUGCAGAAAAGUUUUCUAAAAAUUGAUGUAACUCCAAAGAAUAAAAUAGUUUUUGUGAUGAUAAUAUGGAGAAUAAUAAUGAUGUAAAUGGUUCUGUCAGUAGAAAAUCAAAAA